AUGACAGUCGACGGCACACCCGCGUCCUCGAUAGCCGCAGUUGAUGCGAAUGCCCGGAACCUCUACCGGCGGGCACGGGCCUCGGGCCCCGACUUUGGCGAGAUCGCGACGGUCGUCCGGUCUCUUCACACGGUGCUCAAGCACCUUCGCGUCGAGGCCGAAGACCCAGACAGCCUGCUGAACAGCAACCAGCGCGAGUCGUCCGUCUACGCACGCCAACUCACGCCGAUCGUCGAGGACUGCGACUUUACGCUGAAGCAGCUCGACACGAUCCUCGAGAAAUAUGGGCUGGUUGACAGCAGCGGAGACGAUGCAGAGAGGGGGCAGGCCAACGCGACCGGAAAUGGCCACGCGCGAGCAAUCAAGGGAAUGGAGGAUCGCGAGAGAGACAUGGUAGCUCUGAUUCGCACCAAGCUGGCAAACCAGAAGACCAACAUCGACAUCUUCUUGGACACGGUGCAGUUGCACAACCCGAGCAGGGCACCGCGUCCCCUAGACCUCGAGAACACAGAUGAUCGGCAACUCAAUUCGAUCAAGGACAAAGUGGACGCCAUUGCCUCAAGACUUUUCAGACGCCGGGGCAGUGGGGCAAACAGCGAAAACGAGGAGGAUAUGUGGCAGCAGUUUUGCUCCGAGCUAGUUGCCGAGGGCUUCUCGAGCGAGGUGCUCCGUAAGAACAAGGAGGUCUUGCGUGCAUAUAUCCGGGAGCUCGACUCCAAUGGCCUGUUGGACAACGGCAGUCCGCCGUCUGUCAGGGACUCAGGCUCUCAUGGGCUUGUCUCCGCGGUAUGUGCCGCCUCUGCCGCCGUACAUGAGCAGCCCAACCUCAUCUCAGAUGGCAAGCUUGCACCCGACAGCCAUGGGCAGGAAAUUCCUCUAGAGGCUAAGUGGACCAAGAUCAGCCGUAGGCUUGUCUCACUUGAGGUUCUUGACAAGGCUGGCUUCCGCUACGAGGCACGUCCCGAGUUCGUCGCUGUGCUCGGCACACUGAGCCGAGAGGAGAUCCAAGAGCUCGCGAGGCAGUCCGCUGCAGUGCGUUCCUCACGGGGUGGUCUCAGCGGCGCGGCUCGGGCUCCGAACCCACCGUAUCCGGACGAGAAGCACCGCAGUAACGGCAAGCGGGCUGUGUCUGACAGUGACUCGGACAGCGACAGCUUGUGCGACGAAUCUGACACAAGUGACGAUGACGACAGCCAAGGAUAUAACAAGGAGCGGUACAAACCGAGACAUCAUCGCGGCGACGAGAAAGAGGGCAAGGACGAGAAAGGCACCAAGGUGUACCCCUUCAUCGUCCCGCCGCCAUCAAGCAACAAUGAGAGCAAGGCGAGCCCUGCGAGCACGGUGCAACCGAAGCCAAUCCUGAAGAAUAAGAACGAGAAUCGCGUGCGGCGGCACCGCUCUGAUCGUGGUGAGCGGGCUCGAGGUGAUAGAUACCGUGAUCGUGAUCGUGACCGAGAGCGGGAACGCGACCGUGAAAGGGACGAGAGAGAGCGGGAUUACCCGCAAGACCGCCGUGAUGACAAACGCACCAAGAAGCGUGUCUGGGGCGAGACCCUCGGCGCGGUGGGCAUCGGCGGUGCGGCUGCCAGUCUGCUGAGCGUCCUCACUGAGGCGGCGACUGGUCUAUGA